GACGUUAACGCGCAUGUGCAAUGCAAAAUCAAGGUGGGGCAAAAAAAACUUGAAUGUUUCUGAUAGGGAAAAGGAGUUGGGCUGCGUGAAAUUGACGCUAAUUAUAAUCUGAUUUGCAGCCAAACAACCACUGCAGUUUUGAUCCAGCUGUGUUGUCACAUCUUCUCCGUCUUCAUUCACCUUUUCUUUCCACAAACGGGUUCUCGAGGCUACAGUGUAUCGUUUCAAGAGGAAGACACAUUUCUUCAUAUAAAAAAGGCUACUUUCCAGAUGAUGUUGUCAGGAGACGAACAAGAUACCAGCCCUGCCUGCUUUUAUUGAGGUACUUUGGGACUGCUGAAGCUUCGGGUCACCUGAGGCACAUUUCACUUCCUCAUCAGGACUUGCUGCGUUGUUUUGCACUUCGUCAUUCACUGUCGCUUGUUUAUUUCGUGGAUGGGGAUUUGCCUGCUGCCACUUAGAUGAAAAGGGACACUGAACUGUAGAAGAAUCUCUUUUGGCCACAAACAGCUUCUGUACGUGUGUGUGUGGGUGUGUUUACCAGCUCUAAUGGUAGCAGCUAGAAAAAGUCACCUGUGACAGGAUUCAACCGCCUCAACAUGACAGAGGUCCAGACUCCAUGGCCACAGGGCACAGAGUGUGUGGCCAGGUACAACUUCAAAGGCACAUCAGAGCAGGACCUGCCCUUCAACAAAGGAGACGUGUUGACAAUUAUUAUUGUCACAAAGGAUCCAAACUGGUACAAAGCUAAAAAUGCUGCAGGUCGUGAGGGAACCAUUCCAGCCAAUUAUGUUCAGAAAAGGGAGGGUGUGAAACAUGGAGGCAAGCUGAGUCUAAUGCCAUGGUUUCAUGGGAAGAUAACUCGGGACCAGGCAGAGUUGUUACUGGACCCCCCUGAAACAGGCCUCUUCUUGGUGCGAGAGAGCACCAACUUCCCCGGCGACUACACCCUGUGUGUGAGCUGCGACGGCAAGGUGGAGCACUACCGCAUCAUGUACAACAACAGCAAGCUUACUAUCGACGAUGAGGCCUUCUUUGAAAACCUGAUGCAGCUGGUUGAGCACUACACCAAAGAUGCAGAUGGCCUGUGCACCAAACUAAUAAAGCCAAAGCUGGAGGAAGGGACUGUGGCAGCUCAGGAUGAGUUCUCUAGGAGUGGUUGGUCGAUGAACAGAAGGGACCUGAAGCUGCUGCAGGUUAUUGGAAAAGGAGAGUUUGGAGAUGUGAUGGUGGGAGACUACAGGGGGACCAAAGUAGCUGUAAAGUGUAUAAAACAUGAUGCCACAGCGCAGGCCUUCAUUGCAGAGGCAUCCGUCAUGACGCAACUACGGCACGACAACCUGGUGCAGCUGCUUGGAGUGAUAGUAGAGGAGAAUGGGAGUCUGUUUAUAGUAACUGAGUACAUGGCAAAGGGCUGUUUGGUCGACUACUUACGAUCCAGAGGCCGGACGGUACUUGGGGGAGAUGCUCUCCUUAAUUUUGCACUUGAUGUCUGUGAAGCAAUGGCGUACCUGGAGACCAAUAACUUUGUCCACAGAGACUUGGCCGCCCGCAACGUUCUGGUGUCGGAUGACAACAUUGCCAAAGUCAGUGACUUUGGACUGACCAAAGAGGCCUCCUCCACUCAGGAUACAGCUAAGCUCCCUGUGAAGUGGACAUCCCCAGAGGCUCUCAGAGAAAAGAAAUUUUCCACCAAAUCAGACGUUUGGAGCUACGGUAUAUUGCUUUGGGAGAUUUACUCUUUUGGACGAGUGCCUUACCCACGAAUUCCACUAAAAGACGUUGUGCCUCGAGUGGAGAAGGGAUAUAAAAUGGACUGUCCAGAUGGCUGUCCUGAAGUGGUGUAUAACAUCAUGAAACAGUGCUGGAACCUGGAUCCUGCUGCUCGGCCAAGCUUUCAGAUGUUAAAGGAGUGGCAACAACAUAUCAGCCAAGGGAUGGGAAAAAAGCAAUGACAGAUCUGAGAGGAACGGAAACAAAAACUGACUUUCUUCUUCUUUCAUUUUGAGUAAUUGGACACAACCUGGGAUAAAAACAAAGAUUGCUAACCAAUUUUUUUUGGCAAAGUUCUUCAUAAACUGUCACGUGCUGCCCAUAAACAGUCAAAGAUUACGUUUCUGAGCGUCAUCCCUCAAUUCCAGUUGUUCAAAGUUCAGUAUCUAAGACAGGCCAACUUUUCCUGUCUGUAGAGAUUAAAAGUGAAUGAUUGAUUGUAAUAAAGAUGGUCUUUCCUUUAAACACAGUGCUGCCUCAGAGCCACAGUGCCUUGACCUUUUUACAGAAUAUAUUUUUAUGUCCCUCAAGUGAUUUCCUCGGCCAUACUUAUUGGCAUCAUUUCAUAUUUGGAUCCAUUAUAUACGUUUAACAAAGGAAACAUGCUUCAAAAGUAGGAAUACAUUUUUGAUACAUUAUGUCUGGCUGUAUUAUUUUCGUCUGUUUCCAGGUACACCAUGUGCAUAAAUGUUGAAUUAUUUUGUUAAAACAACUAAGUUAAAAUGUCUUUAAUUAUGCAGCUUUAUUUUUUUUUUUUAUCGUUUUAUAAUUUUAAAUGUUUUAUGCCUACUUUUUAUUCCUCUGUAAGUAAAAAAAAGAAGCACAAGUUUAGACAAAUGUCACUGUUACUACUGAUAAUAUUACCAUACCAUCCUGAACAUGCAUGUAGGUGAUACAUGUGCAGAAUAUUCCAUCCGACAUCAACACAUUUUGGAAAUGUUUGGAUUUGACCAAACUGUCAAGAUUUUGUAUGUAAUGAGGAAAGGAGGAUAAUUUUAAAUGUAUUGUGUUGUCAUUUUCAACAAAUAAAGAAAAGAAAAUGUGUCAUUC